GGGGGCACAGAGGCAAACAACAUGGUGAUCCACACCGCCUGCAGGCACUUCCAUGAAAGCCAGGCCAGGCCAGGUGACAGCCGGGAGAUGCCGCACAUCCAAACCUCAGGGCUUGUCUCUUGGCUUGCAGAAGCCACCUUUGUGGCAAAAGGUGGGGGGGUGGAGGUAGACGUUGUCCUUCCUGCCGUUAGGCCUACCACCUGCCUGGUUUCCGUCAUGCUGGCCAAUAAUGAGACUGGGGUCGUCAUGCCUGUUGCAGAGCUAAGCCAGCACAUCCAUGCGCUCAAUCAGCGGAGAGCGACGGAGGGGCUGCCCAGGAUCCUGGUGCACACAGAUGCAGCGCAGAUGAUUGGCAAGGGGCGUGUGGACGUGCAGGAGCUUGAGGGGGACUACCUCACCAUCGUGGGACACAAGUUCUACGGCCCACGGAUUGGCGCGCUGUAUGCGCGUGGCCCUGGCACCACCACCCCGCUGCACCCCAUGCUCUUCGGAGGGGGACAGGAGAGGAGUUUCCGGCCGGGCACCGAGAACACCCCAAUGAUUGCCGGCCUUGGCCAGGCUGCGGAGUUAGUGAGCAAGAACUGGGAGGCUUAUGAGUCUCAUAUGCGUGAUGUUCGGGAUUACCUGGAAGCCAAGCUGGAGGCCUCUUUUGGGAAGCAGAGGAUCCACCUCAACAGCCACUUUACAGGCUCCAAGCGACUCUGCAACACCUCUAACUUCUCCAUCCUGGGCCCCGGUCUUCAAGGGCAAAGGGUGCUGUCUCGGUGCAAGACGCUUCUUGCCAGUGUUGGGGCUGCCUGCCAUUCUGAGAAGGGGGAUCGGCCCUCCUCAAUUCUGCUCAGCUGCGGAAUUCCCUACGACGUGGCGCAGAAUGCCUUACGGCUGAGUGUGGGGCGAGACACUACCCGGGCAGAUGUGGACCUGGUUGUGCAGGACCUUGUGCUGGCUGUGGGGCAGCUGGACCAGGACCAAAGCCCGUAGCCCCCAGGAAUCACUCACCGGUCAUCACCCAGGUCCUUGG